GGUCCGAGACUCCAAGGCUCCAUUUGGAAGCGCUGCCGGCUGGCUCGAACACAUUGAGCCGGCACGAUUUUGUUAUUAAUUAUAGCGAUCAAGUGUCCGGCACCGGUUUACAGUGUGCACAGAGAGAGGAGGAGGAGGAGGAGGAGAGCCCGACCCGACCUAGCUCCGGUCUCAUCCCUCUCGCUUUUCCGCUCUUUUGACUCUGGGUUCUCUGGAGUACAUGGGAUGGAGAUUUUUGAGAGGGUCCGGUACUUCACAUGUGAAAGAACUUGCUAAGGAGUCAUGGAAUCAUUUCACCAUUCUGACCAAGUCCCUUUGCUUGGUGCAUGUUGUUGCAACUUAUGUUGUUUCAACAGAAGUGACAACAGGACCCAGCAUGCUGCCUACUUUAAGUAUUUCUGGAGACAUCCUAUUAGUUGAACACUUGUCUUCGAGGUUUGGAAGGAUCAAAGUUGGUGAUGUGGUGGUUGCCACUUCCCCAUUGAAUCCACAGAUUCGAGUCUGUAAGCGAGUUAUUGGCUUGGAAGGUGAUCGAAUCGGCUACUGUCCAAAUUCUCAUGGCAUAUUUGCGACGUCAGUGACCGUGCCUAAAGGUCACGUGUGGCUUCAAGGUGAUAAUUCUCUCCGGUCCCAAGAUUCUAGGCAUUAUGGCCCUGUUCCAUUUGGACUCCUUCAAGGCAGAGUGUGGCUGAGGGUUUGGCCGCUGCAGGGUUUUGGGAGGUUAAACUGAUGUUUUACCAGGUAAACAGAUUUUCAAGUGUUAGCUUCAAGGUGAGUUUGACUGUACUCGUACAUUGCUGUUUAGCCGGAGAAUAUUGUUCUAAAUUUUGUUUAGGCGUUUCCCCCCUUUUUCUGAUCCCUAUUCAUUGGCAACCACAAGGACAUUUUUAUUGGGAUGGGCUUGCUGAAGAACAUAUCCUUGCAAAAGGUUAUGGAUAAAUCUUGGCUAGCCACUUAAUUGUAGUCAUUUUUUGUUUCCUUAAACAUGAGAUACAUUGUAAAGGAACUUUUACUUUCAAAGUCCUCUAGCACCCUCUUCUUUUGGCUGUCUAAUGUCUCUCCCUUUCUUCUCCUUUGUUUCUUUUCUUAUUCUUGCUCUUCCAGUGUUUCUUGCAUCUAAGGGUGUUCACUGCUCCAUCAACACUAUCCAGCCUGCAAUGGAAGUGCCUGACCAUCUGUGCAGCUGAAUCAGAAGUAUCAGAGUGGCUAGUUGAGAGUCUUGAGACUGGGUGAUGUCAGAUAAAGAAACCAUGUUUGGCCAGCCUAGUGGGGAUAAAGGGUUGAGAGAUAUGGGUUAAUGGAGAAGUCAAGAUGAUUAUGAUCAAUUUCUGAAGAUUCUUUUGUAGAUUUUCCUUUGCCUUUUGGAUUUUCUUCUCUUCAUAUUUUUUGAUAACUUAUCUGGAAUUUUCCUUGACAAUGCUGAAUUUGUUUUCUGGAUUUGUUAACCAUUGUAUGUUGGGAACACCUUGCAGGAAAAGGAAAGUGAUAAACUUUCAAAAUGAAUUGUAUUCAUUCAUGGGAAAGUAGUUUUGAAGUGUUGUUUGAUUAAUGAAAGCAGUAAUUGUACA